CUAACCUAAAAUAUCUACGUUUUCACCAGACCUGACGUGUGUGCAAAGUGUCACAACUUUUAAAAUUCUGUCCAGCAGUGUUUACAUACAGAAACCGAAUCAGAGAGAGACACACUGCAGAGGUGUGAGGGACAGUGCGUCCCUCAGUCUCUCCUGAUGGACGCUGUGGUUAUAAAAAGACUGUAACUGGACUCCUGUAGGCUGCAGGACGAGCUGCUCAGGACCAACACAACUGUUCCCAGAGCUUUUGUUGUGCUGACGACAUGUGGAAGGUCAAACCUCCAGUGGCCUCUCCUAUGGAGAUGAGGUACCGGCCAUUUCUGGAGAGUUUGGUCCCCCCUGACCCCAGGUCCCAGUUCCACCUGAGGAGAGGCUCUCCUGACGAGGAGUUUCCUGACCUGGCCAGGAGCUAUACCCGGAUGGGACGGAUCCUCACGCUGGACAUGUACCGCCGCCAGUUCCACCGCUGCACCCACAGCGGAGUCAUCUUCGAUGACGUCAUCCGCCCAGGCCUCGAGGAACCAGGUGACGGCUCCGGUCCCGUGUCUGUGGGCUGUGUGGCGGGCGACGCUCAGUCCUACGUCUUGUUCUGUGACUUCUUGGACCGAGUCAUCGAGGCGCAUCACCAACACAAGAUCAGCAGCCAGACGCCAGAGGGCGACUUCAACCACAACAACUUGAAGGGGGGCGAUGACUUGGACAGGUCGUACGCUGUACGAUGUGAGGUGAGCGUUAUUCGAGGCGUGGAAGACUUCUGCUUCCCAACACAUUGCAGCCGAGGCGAGCGCAGACAGCUCCUCACACUGGCCAGGAGAGCUCUGCAGCGACUGCAGGAGGAGCUGCCGGGUCGACUCCUCUUGCUGGAGGAGCUGAAUCAGGAACAGCAGAGGGAGCUGAACCUGAACCCUCCGUCCUCCUCGCAGCUCCGUACCGGUGUGGCCCGGGACUGGCCCGACGCCAGGGCCGUCUGGGUGAGUAAGGACGGCAGCCUGGUGGUCUGGGUCAACAUGGAGGACCACCUCAGACUUGUGUCCACACGAGAUGACGCCAACAUCACUGAGGCGUUUAAAUGCAUCUGCAUCAACCUGCAGAAGCUGGAGAAGUUUUACAGUGAGCUUAGACACUCGUUCACCUGGAAGCAGCAGCUGGGCUGGGUGAGCAGUUCUCCGGCCGACGUGGGGACGGGUCUGAGGAUCAGAGUCCACCUCAGAUUGCAACACCUCCCCAAACACAGACGCCUGCAGGACGUCCUGCAGAGACUGAGGAUCUGCAUGGAGCAGACGGGUACGAGGACAGACCUGAACUCCCCGGCGGUGUAUCGUGUGAGCAACGCGACGACCUUCGGCCUGAGUGAGGCGGGACUGACCCAGCUGGUGAUCGACGGGGUCGCUCUGCUCGUCACCAUGGAGACGAGGCUGGAGGGCGGCGGACACAUCGACGAGCUCGUUCCUGCGCAGAAGUAG